GUAACGUUAAUGUCGUUCUUUUCCUCUCUCACAUAUUGUGUAACGUAAAAUAUCUAAAUUUGGAGUAUAAAAAAAGUGUUUGCUCAUUAAAAUUUUAACUUUCAUCUUCGACAAAAUCUCAUUUAUAAAAUUAGUGUGUAUACAAUGUUGUCAAACAAGGAGAUUCCUUCUAGAGAUGAAUAUUUUCGUCAUUACCUUCUCGUCUCUAAAGUCACGCCAUCUUUGUAUAUAAAUAUUGGAGUAUUCCACAUUUUCUUGUCUUCAACCUAUGGUGAUUCUUGAGAAAUAACUUUUUCUUGAAUUUUUCGCAAAUGUAAGAAAUUACUGAACCUUUUUUCUACAUAUCCACGUACCCCAGUAUUCUUAUGCAUAAUUCAUGAAAGGCAUUUUUUCAGUGCGCGGUUUUUUUUCCCGCGUUAAAAAUUUUUUUAGUAUUCGGUUUAUCUCGUUUGUAUCUAAUGAACAUUUGUUUGGAACUUUGUUAAAAAUUAAUAAUAGUGCAAAAUUGUAUACCAAUAUAAUAAUACGCAAGAAGAAAUUACAAAUUCGUACGCUUUAUCAAGUUUUAUAUAUCUUUCAUCAUCGGUCUUGCCUAGAUUGCAACUUUUUUUUUCUUUUUUUAACAAAAAAGGGUGCGGCAAGAUUUUGCACUGAGCGGGAAGGACAAUGAAACGCGUCUUCUUGAGGCGGGCUAACCUUUGACUUUGUGGCUCAUAUGCAUAUAGCCUCUCGGGGGAUAUAAGGUAUAUGUGAUUCAUAAUAUUAUUAUUCGUCGGGUCGAGUAAUGUAAACGUUCUCUCCGCCGCUCAAAGGAACAAGCUAACGGGCGUCAGGGUGGCGACCAGUCGACAGGAUUCGUCGCGACAACAUUCUCCCACACACCUAUGUCAGUCCCUUAAAUUUCCAUACCUGACACCCUCUUCUAGAUUCCCAGGACCUUUAACCCUCACUCUAAACUUUCGGACUUUAUUAUAUAUUGCUUUUAUUAUUAAAGCAAUAUCAUCGAUAAUAUGGCUCGCAUAUAUAUGUCAUUGACCUGCAGUCUACCUGGAAUUUCGGGAACAUUAUAUUGGUGUAUACUAAAUUGUAAACAGACGAUGGCCUAAUGGGUUAAUAAAAUCAGAAUGACUUUUAAAAGGAUGGAACAAGAGAGAGAGGGAGAGACAGAAGUUAUUAUUUAAAUUAGGAAAAUUUUAUUUAUUAAUUCAGUAGUGCGCGGAAUUUUUCCAGUGGCGAGUGAGUAUAAGUUUAAUAAGUAGUGCGUGGAAUUUAAUCAGUGGCGAGUGAGUGAGUGUAAUAUAUAGUGAUUUUGGAGUCGUCUUUUUUUACUGUUCAACGAGGGAUUAUCAUGCUACUAUCUAUGCUGACGAAAUACAUCUUCAAGGAAAUUAUAACACAACAUGCUAGAGGAUGAGUGGAAAACGGUCUCGAAGUUUCAAAUGUGCGGUCCAUCAUCGAGAUCGGGAAGUCUGUUCAGAAAACGACUUUCAUCUUCUCAUUCACGAACCACCUCUUUUUCUUAAGAUGGUCCGAAUGAUCGGAGAUGAAUUUCUAACAGAAGAAAGGGAUCGAAAAUAUUAUGCGGAUCAUUAUACUUGCUUUCCACCGCCGUUGUUCAUCAUUCUCAUUACACUCGUUGAGUUGGGAUUUUUCACAUACUAUGUUGCGGUGAUGGGCGAAGUGAAUCCCUCGGGGCCGGUCCCUAUCGACAGCGUCUUUAUAUAUAGGCCGGACAAACGCCUUGAGCUCUGGAGGUUUGCCUUCUACAUGUUCCUUCAUGCAGGGUGGCUUCAUCUGCUUUUUAACCUCGGGGUACAAUUGGUCGUUGGACUACCACUUGAAAUGGUCCAUGGGAGUUUGAGGAUAGGAGCAGUCUACAUGGCUGGUGUCUUGGCUGGUUCCUUAGGCACGUCGGUGUUUGAUACAGACGUUUACCUCGUAGGCGCCAGCGGUGGGGUUUAUGCUCUUCUUGCAGCACAUCUUGCCAAUGUUCUCCUUAACUAUAACAACAUGGAGUUUGGCAUAGUUCGCCUCAUCGGCAUCUUCAUUAUCGCAAGCGCCGAUGUGGGUUUCGCCAUCUACGACAGAUAUGCGGCAGAGCAGAUGGGUCCACCUGUCUCGUACGUGGCGCACCUGACCGGUGCAUUAGCCGGGCUGACGAUCGGUCUUCUUGUACUCAAGAAUUUCGAGCAACGACUGCACGAGCAACUCCUAUGGUGGGUGGCCUUGGGCGUCUACGCAGCGUGCACAAUUUUUGCGAUCAUGUACAAUCUCAUGCAUCCCGAUUAUCCCUGACGUGAGGUUAGCUUCGCUUACGGUUAUCCAAGUAAUACGUAACGCGAAGCCCUAAUGACGACCAUUCAUCGUUGUCGUCAUCGUCAUUGUCACAAUUCAUUAUCUUGACCUCGUUCAUAAGAACAUUUAAGAAACAAAGAAAGCUCAUGCCAAAAAGAAGAUGAAAAUUAAUCCAAAUACCAGGCCACCUAACGUACCAAAGAGAUAUUUCAAAGGAAACCUGAUGACGAUAAUCCAAACACAAACCAGGAGAUUAGAAAAAAAAGAAAA